GUCCUCGCCCACUCGCGCUACGGACGCGCCGCGGACCUUUGGAGCUUCGGAUGCGUCGUGAUCGAGAUGGGCACGGCCAACAUCCCCUGGGGACGCUUCGAGCAUCAUCUCGCCGCCUUGGUGAAGAUCGGUCUCUCCCAGGAGACGCCACCCCUUCCGGAGCAGGUCAGCGAGACCUGCAAG